UGUGCCAGUGGUUCCUAAGCAGCGGAAAAGCGCAGCGCCUCUUACGGCAGUCGACGGAUGACGUGAGCUACGCCAGGAGCGCACGCGGGAAACGGGACGCGGGUCCAGUCUGCGCAACUGGAAUGGAGAAUCGCAACGACGUUGCUUCAAUGGAAAAAAGAUCGUAGCGAAGAUAUACAGCAAUCAAUCUGACUGGGACCUGCUGCGGAGGAGGAGGAGGAGGAGGACAGUGCGGGACCUGGACUUACCGCACGAUUUUACUACGCGGAGAGGGACUGUCACGGAAUAAAUGUUUGAUCCGUGCGUGCGUGAGUAUUUCUGCGGUUUGAGGGGAAUAUGGAGCGGCUUCUGACGCGACGCGCGCUUGGAAAGGCGUGAAAAUAUCGGUGACGUUACGGAGGAAUGUCACUGAAACUGAGGCGAUCGGUAUGAACUAAAAAAAAGCAAACGCAAUUAAACACAUCCUCACUCCUUCAUGUGUCUGUGUGAAUGCAAACGGGACGCCGCAUUAACGGGACUGUUGCUGUUCUGAGACCUGUGGCUGGCUCGGAACCGUGAUCUGGGUCGGUUCCGCGGUUCGGUGUGUGUGUGUGUGUGUGUGUGUUUGCGUAGGAUGGGAGAUUUAACGGAGUCCAUGCAGAAGAAGGUCUCGGGAAGACGCGCUCAUACUACAGGGCAGUGAUGCCGGGCAUGGUACUGUUUCGGCGACGCUGGUCAGUCGGCAGUGAUGACCUGGUGUUACCGGCUUUCUUCCUGUUCAUACUACACUGCAUAUGGCUCGUGGUUCUGUCCGUGGUUCUCUUUGGGCUGCCGUACAGUUCAGAGCAAUCAUGCUCGGUCACGCUGGUGGAUCACGGUCGUGGUUACCUCGGCAUCCUGGUCAGCUGUCUGAUCUGCGAGAGCGCCAUCAUGUGGCUGAGCAUGAGAGGCAGCAUCCUGUACACACAACCCAGAGAGGCAGUGCAGUACGUGCUCUAUAUACGGCUGGUGAUCCAUCAUAGACAUGCUUCUGAAGCAAAUGCUAUUCCAAAUUUUAAGGCAGCAUUGCAAGUAUCAUUUGUGGAGAAAGCAAUCCCAGAAUGCAUUGCAAUGGACCCUUUUCACAAGACCGUCAUCAACAUCUGUAGCUUUUCCCAUGUCUCUGCAGACCAUGAAUCAGUGUCGCUCAUUGUCCUCCCCCAUCCCAUAAUAGCACACUUCACUUCCAUGCCAAUCAUCUGUCUAUACAGGACAUGGACUGACAAAGAGACAGCUGGUUUGUUUUACAGAAUUGUGGUGUGUAACUGGUUGGUCAUCUUCAGUGUGUGUUUCACCAUGAUGUGUACCUUUGACCCCACUGGACGGACCUUUGUGAAGCUGAAAGCAACUCGCCGCCGUCAGCGUAAUCUCACAACGUACACCCUCAGACACAGGCUAGAAGAAGGUCAAGCCAGCAGCUGGAGCAGGAGACUCAAGUUCUUCAUGUGCUGCACUCGAGCAAAAGAUACACAAUCUGAUGCUUACUCUGAGGUGGCAAGCUUGUUUGCCGAGUUUUUCCGGGAUCUGGAUAUCGUGCCGAGUGACAUCAUCGCUGGGUUAGUGCUCCUCCGACAGAGACAACGGGCCAAGAGAGCAGCCAUCUUGGAUCAGGCAAACAAUGACGUUUUAGCCUUUCUGUCCGGGAUACCUGUAACUCGCAACACUAAAUACUUGGACCUCAAGAACUCGUCUGAGAUGGCCAUGUAUAAGGAGGUGUGUUACUACAUGCUGUUUGCCAUGGCAGCGUAUGGCUGGCCCGUAUAUCUUUUAAGACAACCAGCGUGUGGACUCUGCAGACUCGUCAGCACUUGCUCCUGUAACACUUCAGUUUCAGGUUCUCGUCUCUCUCAGUCCAUCACCGUAGAGGAGGACAACUGCUGUGGCUGUAACGUUCUUGCCAUCCGACGGCAAUUUCUGGACCAAGACCUUAAAGAAGUCCAGAUUGUCUACACAUCCUGCCAUGACGCGGUUUAUGAGACACCUUUCUUUGUAGCAGUGGAUCAUGUGAAGAAAAAAGUCGUGAUCAGCAUCAGAGGGACGUUGUCCCCUAAGGACGCUUUAACAGAUCUUACAGGAGAUUCUGAGCGUUUGCCUUUAGAGGAGCAGCACGGCACAUGGCUCGGACACAAGGGAAUGGUUUAUUCAGCUGAAUACAUAAAGAAGAAACUCGAGCAAGAAAUGAUUCUCUCUCAAGCCUUCGGGAGAGAUUUGGGUAAAGGGACGAUGCACUAUGAGCUGGUGAUUGUGGGUCACUCUCUGGGUGCGGGUACAGCCGCCAUCCUGUCCUUCCUCCUCCGGCCGCAGUAUCCUUCACUGCACUGUUAUUCCUACUCCCCUCCCGGCGGCCUGCUCAGUGAGGAUGCGAUGGAGUACUCGAAAGAGUUCGUCACCUCAGUCGUGUUGGGAAAAGAUCUGGUCCCCAGGAUUGGCCUCUCUCAGCUUGAGGGCUUCCGUCGCCACCUACUUGAAGUCCUACAGAAGAGUGAUAAACCAAAGUGGCGGAUCAUUGCUGGGGGUACAAAGUGCAUCCCUAAAUCAGAGCUGCCCCUGGAUGACGAAGCCCCUGUAUCUCAGGGCGUGACCCCCUCUAACUCUCGCCUGUGGCUUCACCCCAGUGACCUGAGCAUCGCCCUGUCAGCCUCCACACCGCUCUAUCCACCGGGACGGGUCAUUCAUGUGGUGCACAACCACCCGCCUGAGAUGUGUUGUGGUCAGGAAGAUCCCACUUACUCCGCUCUGUGGGGGGAUAACAAGGCCUUUGAUGAGGUCAUCAUUUCUCCAGCCAUGCUGAAUGAACACCUGCCUCAUGUGGUGAUGGAUGGCCUCAACAAGGUGCUGGAAAACCCAUAUUUAAUUUCAGAACUGAUUGCUGCACAGGUUGGAAGCCAGAGAACUUGCAUCCAAGCAUGUGUUUCUGUCCCUAACGCACUUCCAGAUCCCUCGCUAACUCUCUGUUCAGAUGAAUGUUUUAUGGUUCCAGAUACAUGCUCUGCUUCUCGAACUCCCAGUGAAAUGGUUUCUGUCCAACCACGAGGUUCAGACGCUCACAUGAACGGUUUAUCGCUCGAUAAUACUGUCAGUCUUCAAGCAGCUUCCAAGUCAAACUCUCAAAACACUAUGACAGAAACUCUCACCCCGUUCCCGCUCUCAAUUCCAGAAGACAACUUCCCAAACUCCAUUUCCAAACACAUCAGAUUCCUCUUCUCCCCCAGAGUUCCUGUUGAAAACCAGCAUAAAUCCAGACUUUUCAGAGAUCCCCUCAACUGGAAAAUUGCCACACAUCACCGCAGAAACAGUAGUGUCCGUUCUUGUGCUCGCUCUGAGAUCUCACUGGACGGUUUCUCGGAGUGUCCGCCUCCUCCUGUGCCUGUGGUGCUCACCGGCGCCCGUGAGCGAUUGGCUGUGGAGCUGCGGGAGCGAAAAGCCCCCUUGGCCAUCAUGGAAAGUCUUUCUGAUGCCGAAUCCGUCUACAGCUUGGACUCCCGACGAUCAUCUGCCGCCCUGAGAGGCUCGCCCUGUUUGGGGAGUCUACCUUUCCCUUUGGACGCCACCAUCCCAGAAGAGAAUCCUUCGCUGAGUUCCCGUACGGAGCUGCUGGCCGCAGACGGCUUGGACCGUGAACUGGGCGAGGCCGGCCCGUACUGCCCUACUCCUCCAGAACUGGAAGUAUCUUCCAACGACGCCCAUCAUCUCAACUUCUCUCCGCUCUCGCUUGGACAAACUAUUGUAGGUCAGCCGGCCAGCCAAGGCAAGAACUCCCGGCGGUCUUCAGGAACACCUGUGGCUUGCCAGCCAUCAGCUAUUCCUAACAGUCAAGAAUCCUGCCCAGUAGCAUCCCGGACUGGUUCUAUGCCAGAAACUCCCAAGGAUAGAGAGUUUGAAGAGGGAGAAGUUGAGAGUGUCCGUUCCGAGACUCUUCCACCAGUUCCUCCGCUGUCCAACGGCACUCCCAGUCAGGCGGUCCUAGAGUUUGCCCAGUACCUGGACUCUCUAUUUAGGCUGGAUGGCAGCAGCUCUCCACCUCUUGAGCUGUCCGAUGCAGAAUCCGAGUCUGGACGGGGAUCGUAUAGCCAGGCUGAGGGACAAAAUGCAGACAAGGACAGGCAGCUACUGGCUAGAGCCACUCUAGAGCCCAACUUGGUUCCCAAGCCGCCUCGCACGUUUGCCGGCUCAGCCGACCCUUCCUCUGGCAUCUCGCUUUCUCCAUCCUUCCCGCUUUCGUCUUCUGGAGAACUCAACGAUUUCUCUCCUCCUGACGGAGUGCUACCCCCCAACCAUACAUCUGCGCUACGAACUUCCGCUGCUAGUCCCAACCCUAAGGAAACUGUGUUGCCAUCUAUGGUGUAGUGGCCCACUUUCAUCUAUUUAUUUAACCCUACGGUUUCCUUUCUCCUUCUGAACCGAUCGUAGAAACGUGCAUGCGUAGCACCGCGGCCAGUCCUUCCAGACUUCUGGACCGUUAAGGAUUCAUCAAGAACAGAAGACCUCAUUUUGUACUAUUGUAAGACAUGUCUGAAUGCAUUGUGUCUUGUGCAUCACCGUUAUGAAGUGUCCUAAUCGCUACCUGCAACACACGAGGUGCUGAGGGGCUCCUUCGAACACUGAAGAUGUUGCUAGCAUAUCGAGAAGCUUGCACAAAUGACCCUACGUUCACAUUGAAUCUAAUGUUACGGUUAUGUUUACAUUGACACCACAGACACCAAGCUUUCACAAAUGUUGGCAGUUUCAUGUAAGGGAAAGGCUGGGAUAGGAAAGAGGGAACUUAAUUGAGUUAUGGGGAGGGGCGCACACAACAAGGAGUGGGGUACAUUUCCUCUGGACCUUGAAGAAUGAAGAAUGGGACAAAGACGUCUCAGGCUAAGGAUAGUAAAUUGCAGAUUUUUUUGGAUUGUACUUUUUCAUUUUUUUUAUUGAAGAUUGUGUGGAAUGUCCUGCUGAGUAUGUGUAAUUGGUGGCACUGACGGUUGGUGGACAUCUAUGAGUUCUCGAUGUGCAUGAGAAAAUACUGUAUGCUCGUGUAAAACGUUUCGUUUUGCUAACUUUUGUCAUCUCUUAUUUAUAUAAAUCCACUUGAAUUUACGCAUGCAAGUUUUCUAUCAUUUCUUUUUCCACCGAUUGCCAAAAAAGCCAACUUCAUACAAGUCAAAUGUUUGAACUCUGAAAUUAAUAUAUAAUGAUAAUUACUGUUAUUAGG